AUGAUCUUUCCCCACCAGCACGAGCAAAGAGCCAAACUACACUCUCUCCUUAUAUAUUUCCUGCACUUGAGUAACUCCAAUUCUCACCUCUCACACUUGCUUUAUUUUUGUCCAUUCUCUCUCUAAUUCUUGUUUGUGUAAGCAAAACAAAAGGUCGAUAAUGGUGAGCAAGAAGCCUCGAAUUGUGAUAAUUGGGGCAGGAAUGGCCGGUCUAACAGCAGCCAACAAACUCUACACAUCCCCUGGCUCAAAUGACCUUCUUGAGGUCAUUGUAGUCGAAGGAGGCAACAGAAUCGGAGGAAGAAUCAACACUUCCGAGUUCUCCGGCGACCGGAUCGAGAUGGGCGCUACAUGGAUCCAUGGCAUUAAAGGCAGCCCAAUUCACAAGAUUGCCCAAGAAAUCGAUUCCCUCCAUUCCCAUAACCCAUGGGAAUGCAUGGACGGCACAACCAACGAACCCUUGACCGUCGCCGAACAUGGGUAUGUCCUCAAUCAAUCCCUUGUAAUGCCCAUUACUUCUCUCUUCAAUUCCCUCAUGGAUUUCGCCCAAGGAAAAGCUUUUCAACAAAAUCAAGAUUCUACCCACCACCACCACCACCAACCUUACGCCAAGUCUGCUAGCGUUGGCUCUUUUCUUAGAAACGGACUUCAAUCCUAUUGGGAUAUAAACAAUAAUCACAAUGAUGAUGAUGAUGAUCUUAAAGGGUGUUAUGGGAAUUGGACUAGAAGGUCACUUGAAGAAGCGGUGUUCGCAAUGCAUGAGUGCAUCCAGAGGACGUAUACUUCUGCUGAUGAUUUAGACAGGCUAGAUUUUAAUGCGGAGAGCGAAUACAUAAUGUUUCAAGGGGAAGAGAUAACCAUCGCUAAGGGAUAUUCAAGCAUAAUUGAAUCUUUAGCCUCUGUUUUGCCAACUGAUUCAAUCCAAUUGGGGAAGAGAGUGACCAAGAUUGAAUGGAGGAAUGAUGAGUAUGCAAAAAAGGAUAAGCCAAUAAGGCUGCAAUUCUUGGACGGAUCCGUCAUGAUGGCUGAUCAUGUAAUUGUGACAGUCUCAUUGGGUGUCUUAAAGGCAAAUUCUUCAACUCUGUUUGAUCCUCCACUUCCAAAUUUCAAGGCUCAGGCAAUUUCAAGGCUCGGAUUUGGCGUCGUUAACAAGUUAUUCUUACAAAUCCAACAACUACCCAAUUCGAACAAGUUCCCGUUCUUGCAAAUGGCUUUCCACCCACAAAAGGAUUCCAAAUUUGGAAACCAGAAAAUCCCUUGGUGGAUAAGAAAGACAGCUUCCCUAUGUCCAAUCUACGGGAAAUCAAACGUUGUGCUAUCUUGGUUUGCAGGGAAAGAGGCACUUGAGCUUGAAACUCUAGAAGACGAGGAAAUCAUAAAUGGAUUCGAGACCAUGAUUUCUAGUUUCACUUGCGAAAAAAUGGAUAUAAAGUUCAGUAAAGUGUUGAAAAGCAAAUGGGGAAGAGAUCCACUCUUCUUGGGUUCUUAUAGCUACGUUGAAGUGGGUUCGAGUGGAGACGAUUUGGACACAAUGGCGACUCCAUUGCCACCUGAAAAUGAAAAUUCUUCUUCUUCUUCUUCUUCUCCUCCUGCACUUCAAAUUCUAUUUGCAGGGGAAGCAACACACAGAACCCAUUACUCAACCACUCACGGAGCUUACUUUAGUGGACUUAGAGAAGCUAAUAGGCUUCUUCAACAUUAUCACUUAUAUGUUGUUUGAAUUAUUUAUUAUUAUUAUUAUUAUUAUUGUCAUUUUUCUAUAUAUUUUUCCUUAAAAACAGCUUUCCCUCCUAA